AUGUUUUACGCGCAGUUCGUACUAUCAAAGAAAGGACCACUGGCAAAGAUUUGGUUGGCAGCACAUUGGGAGAAGAAGCUGUCAAAAGCUCAGAUUUACGAGACUAAUGUACAAGAUGCUGUUGAUGAAAUAUUGCAACCGAAGGUUAAAAUGGCUUUGCGAACUACCGGACAUCUUCUGCUUGGUAUUGUGCGAAUAUACUCCAGGAAGGCAAAGUAUUUGCUCGCUGAUUGCAAUGAAGCCUUUCUCAAAAUUAAAAUGGCGUUCCGUCCUGGACAAGUCGAGAUGAUGGAGGAUGGCAAGGAAGCUCCUUUUGCUGCUAUCUCACUACCUGAAGUCUACACAGAUUUCGAUUCCACUUUACCGGAAUUCAAUGAAGCCGAGUUCGCCAACCAUUUGCAGAUCAAUCAAAGCAGGAUAGAUGAUAUUACUCUGAAAGAGGACCACAUUUCCGAUCAACACAUGUUUGGCGCCGAAUUUGCCGUAAGUUGUGAAUAA